CUGCGCAGUAACUCCAACGGUCAGAGAAAUGGCGCUCGCGUUUGACUCGCGCUGCAACAGGAGUUAAUUCGUGUAGCUAACUGGUAUAUCUGUGAAGCCCAACGGCGUUUCCCCCUAGACAGUUCAGUUUGACGCCCUAAAUUCUCCUGGAAGGUUGAACAGGGUCCAGAAGAACAGGUCGUGUCUGGCCGACGGAUUAUGACAGAAGCGGGUCGGCGGCGGAAAGGGAAAGCGGUCAGUUUUUGCCCCGGCGCUGUGAGGAAAGGCGGAUAGAUAGGUGUUUCGUAGGUCUAAUGAAGACUUUGGAAAGUUCUUGUGUCUCACAAGUAGCUGUCAGGAGGAGAGUGUCAACUUGAGGAAAAGGGAGGAAAGGCACCACCAUGAGGCAGCAACAGUGGUCAGAAAUAAAGCAUGCGUGAUCUGGCAGCUCAAGUCACCAGCGGCCUACUCCGCUUCCCUGAGGUCACGGUGAAUGCACUUGGGGAGGAUGAGAUCACGCUCGACUCAGUGUUGCAUGGGAAGUUUACCCUUGGACGUAGCGGGCUGGCCUGGCUGGCAUGUGGACCACAGCUGGAGGUGGUCCAUGCCCUUACAGGGGAGCGCUUCUCAGCCUACCGUUUUAGUGGAUCAGGCGAGCACCCCCCUGUGGUGCUUGUGGUACGGGACUUCUGCUGGCUGAAGAGGACAGGCCUGCUGGUGGGGCUGGAGGAUGCUGAGGGCAGCCUGCUGUGCUUGUAUGACCUGAGCGUGUCUCGUGUGGUGAAGGCUGUGGCCAUUCCUGGCCGGAUCACUGGCAUUGAGCCACUAGUGAGCUAUGGAGGGGCCAACGCAGGCACCCAGCACCUGCACCAGAACCUCCGCUGGUUCUUUGGUGUGGCAGCCGUGGUCACCGAUGUAGGCCAUGUGCUACUAGUGGACCUCUGUCUGGAUGACCUGUCCUGUAGCCAGAGCGAGCUGGAGGCCUCUGACUUGGAGGUGGUGAACAGGUCCCCUGCAGAGAUCCCACGCCUCCGUGAGAGUGUGACUCACCAGGGCCGCCACUUGUGCCUGCAGUUGAGCAGCCCCACAGGCACAGCCGUCACAGCCCUGCAGUAUGUCACUCGUACCAACCAGCUGGCCGUGGGCUUUUCUGAUGGCUACCUGCAGCUCUGGAACAUGAAGACACUUAAGAAAGAGUAUCACUCCCAGCUGGAAGGUGGCCGAGUACCCGUGUAUGCCUUCACCUUCCAGGAGCCUGAAAAUGACCCCCGUAACUGUUGUUACCUCUGGGCUGUGCAGUCCACCCAGGACCACGAAGGGGAUGUGGUCAGCCUUCAUCUGCUGCAGUUGGCCUUUGGAGAGAGGAAGUGUCUGGCUUCUGGAAAAAUACUUUACGAGGGCCUUGAGUAUUGUGAGGAGCGCUACAGCCAGGACCUGAAUGGCACAGCUUUCCCACUCCGAGCACAGGCCACCAGUACACGGCUGCUGGCCUGCCAGACCAUUGAGAAGUUUCGUCACCACCCUGAUCGUGAUGACUCCCUUAAUGAAGUUGCCUCCCCUGACACCAGUGUGUCAAUAUUCAGCUGGCAAGUCAAAUCAUAUGGACAGGGCAAGCCUUCUACUUACAUUGGAGUCUUUGACAUCAAUAGAUGGUACCAUGCACAGAUGCCAGACUCCUUGAGGGCUGGUGAGUCUCUGCACAGCUGCCCCUAUUUGGCUGUAUGGUCCCUGGAUGCUGUGACAGAGGUGGCCUCUCCCUACCCCCUGCUGGACAUUUUGGUGCAUGAGCGUAGCUUCAGCCGAGGUCUGCCAUACACAUGUCCCCCGCCAGAGCAGUUCUUCAACCCUACAACCUACAACUUUGAGGCAACUUGUUUACUUAUUUAUGGUCUUGUGCAUGUAACAUGCUCUGGCUACCAGAAAGAGACACUGAGCUUUUUGAAGAGGUCUGCCCCCUGUCUGAGUGAGGUUGUCCCAGACAGCUACUCGCGCUGCUUGAUGUCUGGCCUCCUGUCCUCCCGCCUUGUUGAUGUGCAGCCUUCCAGCCUGUCCUUGGAGGAGCAGUUAGAUGCCAUCUUGUCCACAGCAGUCGAGACCAGCUCUUUAGGGCUUAUCACAGGUUUUGUGAAACAGUGGAUGACUGGGGAUCAACCGCCCACCUCAGUCAACCUACGAUACAUUCUGGACUGGGCCUGGAAUAAGGUGGUCAUUACCAAGGAAGAGCUGGAUGGCAUCUGUGCGCCAUUGUUUGACAGCUCUUCGAACUUCACAGACCCCCAGACUCUUCAGCUGCUACAGCACAGCCAACGACUCUUGGGGAACCUCAGCACCAUCUUCCACUGCAUGUUGAACGAGGCCCACGAGCUCACUCAGAAAGGUUUGAUUGGCCUGAUCAAUAAAAAGAUGGUUUCAGGCCUGAUAGCUCAGUAUACUCAGGUGGUCCUCUGGUUUUGUCGGACUGGGCUUCUUCCAGAAGGAUCAGAUGAUGGCAUGCUCCAGAUAUCGAGGCCCUUUUACAAUUACUCUGUCAUUAAGAACUACUACACUGGUCGUCGUGAGGAAUUGCAGCGCCUCUCUAAGGGAAAGUGGUGUUCAGACUGCCUCAUGAUCGAUGGCUUGGUGGCCCAAUUUGGAGAGCGCCUUGAGGAGCUGUGGAAGAGGGACGAAGGGGGCACAGGCCAAUACCCACCCCCAACAUUGCACGCCUUGCUUGACAUUUAUCUCCUGGAAAAUGUGGAAGAAUCAGCUAAGCAUGCUGUUGUCAUUUACUUGCUCCUAGACGUCAUGUAUUCGUACCCCAAUAAGAGUGGUACAUCUGUGGAGUCAUUCCCCACAGCCUUUGCCAUCCCGAUUGGCCUAGUAAAGCUGGUACAAGGCCUGUGGCUGCUAGACCAUCAUAACCAUGAGAACUCUCUGGAGCUGCUCCUGCACCCUUCUACGAGCCGCUCCCUAUGGGCCUGGCAGCAUGAGCGUGUCCUGCAGACCCUCAUGUGCCAGGGGCAGCAUGCAGUUGCCCUGCGUUACCUACACACAGUAAAGCCCCAGAUGACUUCUGUGAGCCAGGUCAAGCUGUGCUUUACUGUUCUUCUCUACAACAGGUGCAUGGUGGAGGCCUGGGCACUACUGAGGCAACACUCCAGCGAACUGAACUCAGAGGAAAUGCUCAGGUUCUUGUAUGAGACCUGCCAGGAACUGGGCCUCAUGAAAGAACUGCUCAAGCUGCCUUUGGGAUUUUCUGAACAGGAGACUCUGGAGAAGUUUCUACAAGGUACUGGAGGGCCCCAGAACAAGGAGCUGCUUAUUGUCCACUACCUCCAACAGGCCAACUAUGUGCCUGCCCUGCAGCUUAACCAGACUCUUAAGAUGAACUUGGUUAAUGACAGAGAUCCAAAAAUGAAGGACCGGUCAAACACCAGGAACUCCAUUCUUGACCAAUAUGGAAAGGUCCUCCCAAGAGUGCAGCGCAAGUUGGCCGCUGAGAGAGCUAAACCAUACCAUCAUCCAUCCACUGUCUUACGUGAAGUCUCAAGGCCCCAGCCUUUGUCCACAAUAGCAAAGCGGUCUGCAACGGAGAAUGUGUUGACAAGGGCUGCCUUCAUCAGCAAUGUCCUCACUAAGAUUGGAGAAGUGUGGGUAGGCAAAGAUGCCACUCCUGAGUCUUCACCAUUGAAAAGCCCUAGAGUGCCAGAGCUACCAUUGCCAAACACACGUCAUUCACUGGUGGAUUUGCCUGAGGCCUUUGUGGGCACACCAAUUGCAAUGACCACCAGGAGGAAGUCCAGGGUUCUUGACCUUGUUGUACAGCCAUCCACCAAGAAAACCCCUGGAGGCUUCGAGCCUCAGCUGACCCCACCUAGUACCACUGCCUCAGAGGGACUCUCCCCACCCUCCACACUGCGGACAGGUUUUCUCAGGAGUAUGACCAAAGCCCCCGAGCUCAACCUGCUGCAGACUCCACAGGUGGUCAAGAGAGCACGAGCGCUGGCUGCAUCCACCACUAUGUUUUCCAGCUUUACCCCGCAGUCUAUUCUAAGGAGCAGUCAGAGGCCCACCCCUGUGGUGUCUCCUUCGGCUUCCCCAGGCCGUUCGACCAGUCCCCCUCUUCGUUCCAAAGAAAGCCGCAUCACUUUCAUUGAGGAAACGCUUACUGCUGACUCAGUAAAAAGCCCAAUCCGCUGGGGCAGCACAAUGACAGAAAAGGGUGAAAUCAGCCUGCUCUCACGAUCUUCUGCACCCUCAAAAUCUGCACUGGAAGUACGCUCUGACUCUCAACUGGAGGAAGAGCAGCAUGUGACGGUCUUCUCCCCAGCUCAGGGGCCACCAGGCAGAGAUCUUGAUGCUAGCGAGGCUGGAGAUCCAGACAGUUGCACAAUAGUAAGAGAUGCUGUGAAUAUGGAGGGUGUGCCUGCAGCAGCAAGGGUUAGUAUGGACUACGACACAAAUCAGACCUCCAAGUCCGUGGACACCACACUUGAGUUCCAUGAUGCACCUCUGCCAGAAGACCUGAUGGAGGAGUCAUCAGAGGAACUGCAUGGGCAGUGGAAGGUGGGCAAGCAGGAGGAUUUGAAGACCUUGGAGCCUGCUUUUGUGGAGGUUUCAGUUCCUUUCUCAGCAAAUGUUAGUGAAGAGGGACCUUCAACCUCUGAUGGAGCCACCACAAGAAAAUUAGAGGCUGAGCAGCUCCCAGAGAAAGAACUAGCAGAAGAGAAGGUACCAGAGGAGGAGGUGGCAAUGGAGCAUAGCCCAAAGCAGGAAUUUGCAGAGGAGCAAAAGGAACAUGUUGCAGAAACCAUGGAGCAUACAGGUCUGGAUGAGUUUGUAGAGCGGCAUUUGUUUGGUGAAGAACUUUCUCCUCCUCUUACACGAUCCAGCAUAAGGGACACAUCAGAGACAUGGACUUGCUUUUCCAAAAGUGAGUCCUUUAAUACAGACAAAGUGGAGGAAGAAAUCGUAACUCCAGUGCUGACAAAGCAGAUAUCUGUAGCCUCUGCAUCAUCUAGGAGUACAACCACUGAGUCUCACUCUGUUGUGAGCCUUAAUGACAGUGAGGAGCUCUCCAGCGCAGUCUCUGAAGAGCUGGGCACUGCUGUACAGGAAGACUCAGGGAGUGAGGUGGAGAUCAUACAAGAAGUUGCCGGUGAUAAAAGUAUCCAAGGAGAGCCAAUAUUGUUCCAGGAGUCACCAUUUGGUUCAGAGUACCUCGAACCACAAGCUGCUGUGGUCCUACCGGCAGUUACGCAUGAGAUGUGCUUGGAGGUAAAUAAUGGUGCUGAGAAUAUGGAGGAGAUCUCAUUAAUCCAUGAUGCUAAGGGAGACGAAGAGGAUGGCCACACUGAACCGGUUUUCACAGAGCUGAAGCCCUCUGCAGCUGUUCUAAUCCCACUGGAGCAGGACAAAGAGAGUGAAGUACUCGAUGGGCCAGAUUUGGCAUUACAGGAGGACAUUGACACAGAGUUGCCCCAUCUAGAACCCCUUGGUAAUUUCACAUUGAUGCUGGAGGCCGACGAGGGAGAUUUCAGACCCAUUCAGUCAAGAGUGUGCUCUGACCACUUAUUGAUGACUGAGCAUCUCCAAGCAGCAGACAGCAAGGAAAAUCUAGAGGAAAAUGAAUUGCAGCAACAACUGGAACCCAAUACAGAUAUUCUCUGUUUAAAUGUUCCAGAUCACAUGUCCCAUAUGAAUAUACUUCUACCUACAAGUAUGACAGAUGACUCUAAAACAGUCAGUAAAACCUUUGUAGGACACUUGACUGAUGAAAAAACUGAAGGUUUUGCUACAGGUAAUGGAGAAAAUUCAAUUUCAGGGCAAAAUGUGGAGUUAGUCUCUGAGGAGCAACCUUCCAUUUCUGCUGGAAUUGAGACUAAAACAUCCAUUCUGACUGCCCGGGUUGAAGGACAAUCCAAAAUAGACACACAGAAUCUGGAUGCUGAAGGUACCAAAGAGGCACCAGUUAGUGUAACUGAACAGAACUCUUCAGAGGCUGACCCUGCCCAAGGAGUACAGGUGGAGAAACCUAACAACAAAGAAACAGAGCUACCUCCAGCUGAAGAUGUAACAAAGGACACUGGAAAGCUUGGCGGCACAUCAGUGCUUGGUGUAAAAAAGCUGGAAAGCCAAACCACACAGUUGGUUCUGGAAAGUACAGAAGACAUGGAAGUAGAACCUUCCAUUACAACGAGAAGAACCACCCGGCAGAAGAGAACUACAAGUUUUCACUCUGCUGUUGAAGUGGAGAAUGAUAUGCAGUCAGAGGAGAGGAAAGUUCAGGAACAAAUCCCUUCUCAUGCGCCUUCAACCCCCAAUAGGACUACACGAAGUAUUAAGCGAAAUCAAGAUUCUGACGUUCCUUUCACACUCAGGAGGUCAACAAGGAAAGUUACAGGAAGUUCUCAGCCACAGCGUAAAGAGGAAGUCACUAACUCUGAGGCCACCAAGACACAGACUCCACAGAAGGCCACACCAAGAAAAAGUACUCGCAGAACCAGGAACACUACUGUAGCUAUGGAUGAAGAUGUCGGAAAUCAAGAGUCAAGUGGAAUGCAGUCUUUGGCGGUGCCUGUGACACGCGCACAGAGUGCAAGAAAAGCUAAGGCUGCUGAUAUUGAGGUCCACAAAUUCAGCUUGUCAACUCACUUGGAAAAGCUGAGUGAUAGACCUGCAGUGGUAGCUAGUAGUCCACGCCGAACGCUCCAGAAAUCUCGAGGUGUCACCCUUGCAUUAGAGGUGUCUCACUCGGACUUGCAGGGCGAGCCAGUAGUUGUUGAACAGGUGGCAAUAACCCCUAGAAAGAGUACGAGGAAGCAAUUGGAGAGCAAGGUAGAAAAAUCAAAGGGCAUCACACCUGUCGCUGAGGAACUACCGCUCAUCAACAGUUCUCGCCGACCAACAAGAAGCCAGUUGUGGAAUCACCUUGGGACCUUGGAGAAGGAGCGUCCGCUUCUGGAGACGGCCCUGGAGGUUGAGCCUGGAGCCCAGCUGGCAGAUGCUGUGAUGGCGAGACUCAAAGACAAACAUGUCAGUGAAGGCUGGCAAAAGGAAAAAGCAUCAGAGGAUGUAGUUACAGAAAUAGUUCAUUCUAGCAGAAGCCUCACAAAAGCCGUAAAGGAUGAGGUUCCACCUCGUCUCCCUACAACAUUAGAAGCUCCAGAGGAGAAUGAGGCAAUGCAGGAGGGUGCAUCAAUAAUGGAGGCCAAACUGUCUGAGACACACAAACUGGAAAAAUCUAAACUGCAGCGAGUGGGCAGAAGCACACGAGCAAGCAAAGCUCCUGAGUCUGAUUCAUCUCCAGUAAGGGACACGUUCAUCUUCUCACCACCACGUACAAGACAGAGAACAAAACGGAAGAAAGUGGAUUCCCCGGGACACAGUGAUGGCUCAGUGCCCCAGUUUGUGUUUUCACCACCUGCCACCAGGGCAAGGAGACAAACAAGCACCAACGUAUCCCACAGUUCCAGCAGUCAGGACAAGGAUACAGUGGGUGGUGGUUCAGAAGUCAGAAAGGAGACUGAAACCGCGAAGCCCAGAAAAAGGCGGAACACAAAGGUGAAGGCUGCUGGAGUGCCGUCGCCUGUACCAAUAAACUUGAUCUCACCCAUGGCCAGCCCUGCCACAGCAGUCCUCUCGCGGUCACAGAAGAAGCGAGAGGAGACUGAAGGUGCCCCUCAGAGAAUGCAGCUGCGCAGGAAGUGGCUGCUGGACACAAUCAUCCCGAAGCCCGUCACACGAAGGAAGAUUCCCUGAAUGGAUCGAGGAGGCUGCUCUGGAAAGGGGGCCGACUCUACAUUUUUCUCUCACACCGUCACAUAAUGAAAGAUUUGGACUCUGAUUGGACUUCUUUUCAUUUGUGUAACUUGAUUCAUAAACGUAACUUGAUACUGUUUUCUAUUUAAAUCCAAUCAGUGGAAAUGUUUUUAAAUUAAAAUCUAACCUGGGAUAAGGACUUAAUUUUAUAUAAAUUAUUAAAGUGUUUACAAGAAAAACGGGGUCUUAAAUUCCACAGUCUACUCUUGGGUUGUGUUUAUUUACAAGAACUUCAGACAUUUAUAUGAAACAAUGCAAAUGUGUAUAUAGUCAUUUAGGUAUGCUAUAAAUAAAACUGUAUAAUUGUUAAGGAUCUACCUUUGGCAGUGUCAGUUUUUGGUGUAGGUUU